UUUGUUUUCUUAAAUACUGGUGAAAGGCAAAAAGUCGGAACCACCGCGGUUCGGAGAGGAAACAUUUCACGGCAGUCAACUCCCCGGAGUCCGAAGUCCAUUCCAAUCAGAGGAGGCGGAUUACGCCUGAGCGAGGAGAAUAACGCCAUUUGAUUUUGCGCGUUUGCUCAUUGGAAAGCUCAAUCAAGUGCUCAUUGAGAUGGUAAAGGAGACCGAAUACUAUGACGUGCUGGGUGUCAGUCCUUCGGCAUCCGAAGCUGAGAUUAAGAAAGCUUAUUACAUGAAGGCACGGCAAGUGCAUCCAGAUAAAAACCCAAAUGACCCUCUUGCUGCACAAAAUUUUCAGGUUUUAGGUGAGGCUUACCAAGUUCUGAGUGACCCAGGUCAAAGGCAAGCUUAUGAUGUUCAUGGGAAAUCAGGAAUCUCUACUGAUGCAAUUAUUGACCCUGCAGCAAUCUUUGCCAUGCUUUUCGGUAGUGAACUUUUUGAGGAAUAUAUAGGCCAGCUAGCCAUGGCCUCAAUGGCUUCAAUGGACAUUUUUACUGAAGGGGAACAAUUUGAUACUAAAAAGUUGCAAGAGAAAAUGAGGGUGGUUCAGAAGGAAAGAGAAGAAAAACUUGCAGACAUACUUAAAAAUAGACUCAACCAAUAUGUCCAAGGAAACAAAGAGGACUUUGUAAAUCAAGCAGAAGCUGAAGUAGCUCGGCUCUCCAGUGCAGCUUAUGGGGUUGAUAUGCUGAAUACAAUUGGCUACAUAUACGCUAGGCAGGCAGCAAAAGAGCUAGGAAAGAAAGCAAUUUACUUGGGUGUACCUUUUAUUGCUGAGUGGUUUAGAAACAAAGGGCACUUCAUCAAAUCCCAAGUUACAGCAGCAACAGGGGCAAUUGCUUUGAUCCAACUGCAGGAGGAUAUGAAAAAGCAACUCAGUUCAGAAGGGAACUAUACUGAAGAAGAGCUUGAAGAAUACAUGCAAUCUCACAAGAAAUUAAUGAUUGACUCUCUGUGGAAACUUAAUGUGGCUGACAUUGAGGCCACUCUUUCUCGUGUGUGUCAAAUGGUUCUUCAAGACAACAGUGCCAAGAAAGAAGAGCUCCGUGCACGUGCAAAAGGGUUGAAAACUCUCGGUAAAAUCUUCCAGAGGGUUAAGCCAGCUAAUGGGAACGAUAAUGAAAGUGUUCAAAACAAAGCAGUGCAUAAGUUGAAUGGAAAUGAAACUAGCAAUGAUGCUUGUUCUCCUAGUGCAUCACCUAAUGCUUCUAGUCCUGAUUCAACACAUGCUAUGUAUGCAUCGCAGAGCCCCUAUGUGGAGGCCCCACACUUUGCAGGCAUGCAAUUCGACUACAACUUCCCUAGGCCAACAGCUCCCCCUGGUGCCCAGAGACCUGCUCCAACCAGCAAGGAUUGAUGAGGGAGUUUAAUACCUCUGUGUGUGCGUGUGUUUGUGUUGUGGGUAUACCACCUAUUGUAUGUAUCGAUCUUAUGGUAUCGUGUCGAAUGUGCCUUUGCAAAUUGAUCUGCUGGAGAUCGCACCUUGUCUGUGGGGACCUGAUUGUGCAUUGUGGCUAUUCAUGUCUGAUUAUUUUAUACAUAGAUGGGGAAAGAUAAUUUAAAGGUAGCCCGUGUUGUUGCUAAUUGGCUACCAUGUAAUUCGAGCUGUGUAUUUUAUUGGGGUUUAUGCACUUGGGUUCAUUUUCUCAUUUCUUGUGUUUUUUUAGGGAUAGUAGGAUUUCAAUUUUAGGGAUCAAGUCUCUGACCUUGGUUAACAUAAUGCUAAAAUUUUGUACCAUAUAUGAAAUAGUAAACAUGCGUGAAUUCUUUUGCAAGAUAA